AGAACUGACUUAACUUGAAUUUCCCUCGCAAGUAGAUUCAAGAAAAGCGGUGCUGAUACUGAAGGCGGCGACAUGACAUUAUCCACGGAGCGACAGCGGUUGAGACCCUGGUUAGAGGAUAAAAUAAACAGCGGAAAAGUGCCGGGACUGUGUUGGCGUAAUAAAGAGAAGAAAGAAUUUCGAGUCUCGUGGAAACACGCUGGCAAACCUGAUUUUGUUGUGGAGAAAGAUGCCAUGUUAUUUAAGCUUUGGGCCGAGCAUACUGGUAAAUAUCGCCCCGGUGAAUCUGCCGAUCCCUCGACGUGGAAAACAAGGUUCCGAUGCGCCUUGCACAAAAUGCCGGACGUCGAAGAAGUAAAAGUUCCCCAUAGUUUGGACGAAAAGGAACCUUACCGAGUUUUCCGUUUCAAGGAUAAAGGUAAGGAAAAAGAACGGCGCGAGUCGAGUUUAGGAAAAACGUAAUCCUAAAUUAUAUUUGCUCACGAAGGUUUUUCGGAAUCACGCGGUCAGUGCAGAAAUAACCCAUGACUAUCAAGGUUAUGUACACCGGCGAAUAACAACUGUAGCCCGUUCAAAUACAGCACUGAUAUCUUCCGACAUUUAAGCUCUUUAACCUGCGUGCAAACCAGUGUGACCUGUACCCAAGCUGUAGUAAAAAAAACAGAAACCAGCCGCUUUCCUUAAUUUUACUCAACAAGAAGCCAAAAAACUUGCUUAGUGUUUAAUCAGCGCCUGGUCAGUGAUCUUUUUUUCUUACGAGCAACGAGGGCUAUUAAUCUUGCCUGAACGGCACUCUGACAUUCAAAUUUUUUAUACUGAGUGUUAUAUUCUAAUCAUGGGGAACAACGAUGGACAAUUAAAAAAAAAUUGAGAACAAAAAAUGAGGGUAGACUUUUGAAGUAGUUUUGUGUCGAUCACUAGAAAUAUUAGGUUAGAUUUAUUCAAAUGUAUUCGCCGAAAUUUUGAUAUCAAAGUACCAAGGAUUUACCAAACAAAACAGUUUUUAUCAAUGUGCACAAUACAUUGUCAAUCAAUCUUUAAGGAAGUUUACGUCAUCUUGUCGCGGUAUUUAAGUGCUAGAAAACGAAAAAAAAUUGAUAUCAGCCAUGGGGUAUUUAGUUAAAAUCGAGCCAUAAGUACAGGAAUAACUUGCUUUUCCAUCAAAUGGAGUGUACAAUGCAAUAAACGAACUUCGCUGGAAGGAUUGCUUACGAAUUAUAAAAUUUGGGGAUUCCCAGAUUAGUUGCGAGCGAGUUAUCAUCACAACAGUUAAAGAAAAUUUCCCUAUUUUUUUUAAACAAUAAUUUAAAAACAAGUUAAUUCUGGUGUUUGGGGCCUUGUUAAUUAGCUACGGUAAACAAAGAAAAACUUCAAGAAAAAUACCGUUUUGGCCGCCAUCGAAGGUCUGCAUAUCGCUUAAUGUUGUCGAUUUUCGACAUGGCAAUAACGAGAAAUUUUACUUUUGCAUAAUUUUGAGUACUGAGUUUCCGUGACUUUGUAUUCUCUUUGCCCUGAAAUAUCGAUUGUUUCGAACCACGUUUGAACCACUGAAACGAAACUGGAGCAAAGUCAGACUUGCCUAAAAGAAUUUGAAAAUAUACAAAGUUCGAACCUUCUAUGAAUUUCUAAGACUCAUGGAUGAUUUUAUUUUGAACGUUUAGGCGGACGGACUUAUCGCUUUCGAAACUGUUUCUUCAUGUUGACGCAAGACAAGUACUAAAGUUUUUUUUUCAUGCUUCGAAUGAGAUCUUUGAUUCCAUGCCAUCCAUUUGUCACAGUGCUUUGGAAGAACAUUCAGAUGGAAUCACAUUCUAAUUAGAAUAGAAGGCAAAGAGAUAGAUAAGAUCAUUUGGAAUAUAUCGUUGUUAAGACAUCAAAAUCGCGUCCGAGCCAUUAAUUCUAAAGCGAACCUUCCUAAAGAGAUAAUGAAAAUAUCAGUUAAAAAUGACGUUGUCAACAUAACUUAGUAGAAGACAAAUAUCCGGCUCGAACGAAAACCACAAUGUUAACUGAAUUUAGGCCCAAAAUCCUCUGCGAUCAAAUAUUUAGUCAGAGAGAUUUUCUUUUUUCCGUUUUCUCGUUCUCUUCUUGUCUGUUCUUUUUAUAGAAAAACUACAUCUUAAUUUUGUAAUUCAGGGUAAAUCGAAAGUUCACUGCAAGGGACAAAUGUACCGCACCCGGACACUCCCUGAUCACACCCUGAUGUUGUCAAGCUGGCUGGCGAUUACUAUCAAACAAUGACUGUGCCAGAGGCCUUAAAAAAACAUUCAUCGGCAACUUAUACCUUUAUAGCUAAUAUGCAAUUAAAAUCUUAGGUAGCGUUUUUUUCCUGUACACACACAAAUGGUUCGAUUCUUUUUAAUUUAAACUUUGCUUUGCUAAAUUUUCAGACUUCAUUGCCCCGGAAAUAAAAUCGUGGGUUCAACUUUUUUAUUGUUUUCAGACGAUAAGACUUCCUUAGGUAACCAGCCAAGACUACCACGUGGGUGAAAGGAAGUUGUAAUUAAGUGAGGUCGUUAUCAGUUUCAUCGGGUAUCACUAUUGUGUAAUUUGAAUAGGAAAACAAACAAAAUAUUAUGCUCACCCAUUUCUGUGCCAACUAUUCAUGAAAUCUAAUAGGGAAGUCUGCAAGGGGCCGGGCGGUUCGAUAGUUGGACGACAUACCUCGCAGAAACUCAAAAGCAUGUAGUUAAUUUUUCUGCCAAAAAAGUACUGCAUAAUUUAGGUGAAUUAAGUUUAGAAUCCUCCACGAGUUCACUCCCCAAAGAAAGACCUACUGAGAAAAAAAUUUGCCGAGAGAACUGAAUAUUCAAGAUCCUCAAAAAUCAAUAAAUUAAAUAAAAAUGUUGCUUAAAGUAUCUUUCUUACUAUCGAUCUUGAAUAGGAAUCAUAAAUCUCUUUGCGCAAUCAUAUAAAUGAUGAUGAUAACUCGCAAGUGUGGUGAUUGUUAUUCAGUGAAUGGCACAGGCAUGCUGGGAAAAAAAACUCGAGUGCUCCCAGUGGGAGUCAAACCUACGAUCUUUCGAUUAGUACUUCGGAUGCCCUACCACUGCGCUUGAAGAGACUCGUGGUAGGCUAGUUUGUUUAGUUAGGUCCAUGGUGACAAACCUCCUGCCAAGAAUGUGCAUACUGCUAAAAGGAUUUGUUGGAAGAUUGUCCAAGGUGUUUUGGGAGGAAGUUGGAAAGGUCGAAGGAUAUGAUCACGCAUUUCUUUCACGUAAAACACAAGCUCAGUUAUCAUCUACCAGUUAGGUAUCCCCAUGCAAGGCUAUGAUUUACUCCAAGAGUUUUUUUUUUAACAGUCAUUAUUUCUACUUGUGUUCUUCAGAUGAUUGCUCGCAAAAACCACAAAACUUCGGUUCACUGAGGUCGGAGGAAAAUCAAAAUGGCAAACGCCCAAUGGUAAGGACAGUGCAUCGUUUUGUCCCUCGUUCGGAUGUGGUUUCUCCGGUAAAGGUUUAACAUGCUUUAUUUUUUCUUUUAAGAAAUAUGUAAUUCAUUUUUUCUAAGGCGGGAAAAGAAAAAUUCUGGGUCUCUCACAAAGAAUAAAACCUCAGACAUUUGGUUUUCGCAGCCUGAUGCUCUGCAUGCCUCUGAGCACUGAUAACUCGCUAGGCCUCCAUUGGGUACAUAUGUGAUGAGUUUCUUGCAUGGUGGGAAGAUCAGCGAUGUCGUAAUUAAACUGUUGUGCGAAUAAUAAGAGUGAGAACGAUGGUAAAUUUUUAGCUCGGUCGUCGAAAAUAGAAACGAAAGAUGAAAUUCAUUUCGUUAAUUAAUUAAGAGCGUGAGGCGGUGAAAAAGAUCAAGUUUUUCGAUUUGUUUGAUCUCUUUAGUGCCGUGUAAAGGGCGACUCAGUGAUACGUAGUACAGCUCCGUCAGCAAAAGCGGAAAAUGUGUUCUUUAACAACUAUCCAAUUUUGUCUGGACCGCUGAAUUGUGGCCGGUUUCAAGACUCUCCACACAAUAGCAGUGACAGCUCACCUGAGGACGAUUUAGACAGUAUCACUCCGGUGAGGAUUAAUGUUCGGUUUGAUUUUCUAAGGACUCAGGUAUUAAACAGAGUAAAAAUGGGGAUACUCCCGCUCCUUUCCCUGCUCUAAAUUAAGAGUGACAGCGUUCAUCAUUACGGCGUGUUUUUGGACUGUUUUUGAAAGAGGGUUUAUUACAAGCUUAAACCUUUCAAAGUGUUGAGUAUUAAGACCCUCUUAACGAUAAUUCACGUGUGUUUUAGACAGCUUUUUACUUUCUCUCUUCUGCCUUUGCACUUCUGAAAAAAAAAAAAAAAAAAAAAAAGGUUCGAUGAUACGAGAACAGCCCCAAAAGCAACUUCCUUACGCAGUGAUUAUUUAUUUUUCCUUUGGGAAGUUACUCUCUCUCGAUCCAGUUUUCCUCGCCCGCCCCGAAACUUACGGUUAUCAUGCUUUUUAGCAUGUCAAGAACGCAACAGACAUUUGACCUCAUUGAAUGCAUUUUACAGACAAUUCCGCCAUAUCCGAGCCAAGGCUACGAACCCAUGCUCACCGACGAACCAAUAUGUGGAAAUCUACCAAAUCCAUAUCAGUUCUCUUAUUCCAACAGCCAUCUUCUUUUUGGUGGGGAUUCUGCAAGUGAUAACUUUAUGAGACCUACGCAACUCCCUCCUAGAUUGGAGAGUUUGGAUUUCACAAACGUCAGGAAGGAUAUUUUAGAGGCCACUCUCGUAGCCAAUGGCCAAAUGUUCAAUGGAUUAAGCGAAAGCGGACAAGCAUUUCUACAGCAUCUCAUGGCAACCAACCCAGCUCUUAUGAAACUUUGGCGUCAAGGUGCAUUCUCACCGAACGAGGUAUGAACAGUGUGUUUUGAAGAACUCUUUAAAAGGGCACAUGAAUUAAAACCGUGGAUUUCUUAGAAGGGUACAUUUGGUGUAACUACUUUUUUUCGGUCUGGUAUUCAUUUUAGCAGACUAAGUGACAGAGUGAACGUAUUUUGCAUUUAUUGGAGGCACUAACUUGUUUCCUCAAUCUUACCUGUCGUUCCUGAUGUUAACACUUUUGUUUCUAGUCCUCUAAUGGAUCAUCUUCUGUCAGCACUCACUUCAACAUGGAUAAUGGAUUAAUAGGUAAGAUUAUUAUAAAAAAUACCACAAGUAAAAGGCCAGAAGUAGCUUGUGAGUAUGCCCUCGUUACCAGUGCCUCAGCACGAGUAUGCCCUCGUUAUCAGUGCCUCGACACAAACGUUUCCUCGCCCGUAUCAGUGUAGCUCUGGUAAUGAGGCAUUUUUAGUGCCAGACCCCUAGCAAACCUCUCUUCGACUCGUUUCAAAUCUUCCCGCGGCGGAAAAAGUCGAAUACUGCAGCUCUUAUAAGGAGCGCCUGCUUGUAAGCUUCGCCAGUGGUGUUACCGCAAAAAGAAUAAGAUACUUUUGAGAAAAUGCUUCGGCUCCUGAAACAGCUAAUACCAACACAUAUUAACCGUUACAUUGGAAAGCGUCGCGUAAAUGAUGCAGUGGUGAUAAUGAGAUGAGUUUCUCCCCACUCCCCCGCUCCCCCUUUUAUAUUGCUGUGGACUGGGGUCUUUUCCGACCAUGGUACCAACUGUGGGUGGAGUGUCUCAGCGUCUUUCACUUGGGCUUUCCGGACUUCCUUUCCAAAACCAAACAAUUCAACUGAUUUCAAUUUGAAAAAGGAACAGAGGACUAAGAACCAUUUCGUUGGUCUGCCUGCUAAAACGAAAUGCAUUUGAUAAUUAAUAAUUUAUCAUUUAUCCCGGAGUUCAACUUCUCCUAUUGUUAUAUUAUUUAAGAAAUAGUAAGCCCACCCAGACGUGUAGAUGAAGUAGAACUGUGAAAUUGCACUGCACAAAAAAUUGAAAUUGAUCAUCUACACAAUUUUUUUUGCAGAGGCUACUGGUUUGGAAAUGGACGAAAGCAUGGGCCGAACGGUAUGUAAAUUGUCAAAAUGAAGAUUUUUGAAGAUGAGAGUGAGCAUCACAGAUAUUUAUUUAUAGUACAAAAAAGUUCACAUCUGUCUUACGUCACAUUUUCCAGGUCACAAACAUCCAUCAAUCAAAUGAGAAUCCAGGGUCAGGGUUCGCAAGGCCUGGAAAACAAGCAGGAGACAGCUGUGGUAAGUGAAGUCUCUCACUACAAGAUGAGUAUAUUACUCAGCGGAACUCGAGAAUAUGCACAAAAUGAUCGCGGUAUCUCAAUGCGAUCUGGAAAAAGGUCUGUCUCAGUUUAGUUAAAAUGCAUUUAUAAGCAAUUUACAAGGGUAUAUGCCUGUUGGUAAUUUCAAAUCAUUGUUCGAUUUGUAUAUUCAGAAUCCGCCAUGCGCAUCCGGGUAUUCUAUGGUAACUAUGAAGUAUUAUCCACCGACACGAAGCAGACAGAAAGUGAACGGUUAAUCCGGAUAUCCCACGGAUGUCACAUGGUAGAACCCCGAAAGCUCGAGUUGGGUUUACUGUGUCAACUGUUCGGACCUCCUACUGCCAGACAGAUCGAGCUACCGCCAGCUGUGAACAACAACUCCAGGGAAGUUAUGAAAGUGAUGGAUUUCAUUAAACGCGGUAUUAUAUUGGAGAUCAACGAGUCCAAUGACAUAAUUGUCACUCGUCUAUGCCUCGCAAGGGUAAGCAGUUUUGUUCAGUUUUGUUCGUUUUUACUUGUGGAUACCCGAAGCAAAAGAAUGAGUAUUGUGGGAUUCGAUAAACAAAUUUCGUGGCGUGAGCACGGCCUUAGGAGUCUGUGGAGAGCAUGCAUCUUACCAUCACAACUAAAGAGGACCCUUGUUAGAAUGUUGGCUCCAUUCUGCUUCUUGGAAUUAUAGGAUCACUGGCCUUUAGUGCAAGCACUGUAUAUACUAAUUAGAUUCUGUAUAGCAUAUCCACAACUGAAGUUCACUGAAGUAUCACUUUGAUCUUUAUUAUAUUAGUGCUUAUAGUAAGCGUGAUAAAAAUGCUUUCUGUUUUUGAUCAGUUCAUGGCGUUUACUAUUAUCUCUUCUUCUUCUUCUUUUAGGUUUACUACUCGAACGGAAGAAAGGCUGCUAAAAAGCUCAUUCGCGAGGAACGUACUAAAGUAUUUGAUUAUCAAGGAAAAUUUCUUCCCAAUCUCAGAGAAAGCCAAAACGGGAAUUGCGAGUAUCCUUCGUAUGAAGUCACUCUUUAUCUGGGAAGAGCCGAUGGGAGUCUGGUCUCUAUUGUUAUCACUCACGUGAUGGCUAAGAUGACGCUGCAUAUUACUAGCUCAUCGGGUGAGAACUUUUGGUCGGAGCCAAAUGCGAACGACCAGUUAGCGACAAACUUGGAGGAGGAUUGUAUGUAUUAGUGUAGACACUUAAAAAGUUAUCACGUAUAUGUUGAAAAAAGCCAUGAUGUUCUAUGCUCUCUUCAGUGCUCAGGGCGUUUACCUUGCAUUAUUGCGGACUGACUGACAGAGUGGCCAAUUGAUGAAGAUAAUUCUGUUGUUAAAUUGAACUGUGAAGCCAAAGAAAUCAGUUCUCUAAACUUUGCACAUCAUCUCUUGUACUAAACAAAACAAGUUCGAUUCUCCUUUUCGUCAGCUGUGCCACUGCAAACACAAACAAGAGAAAAUACAAAAAUGAAUUCAUUAUCACGAGGCCCUACAAGGCUGUUAAAAAUGAAAAAUUUCGACUGUGUUUAGUAUCAAAGAUCUCAUAAUGAAGCCUUUUUAGGUCUUAUAAUUAGAUGAUAAAAAUUCGUCUGUAGUUGUAACAUUAGCGAGUGUUUCUAAGUUCAGUUGAUGUGAACCACAUUACAGCUCAGUCACGAGUGAGCUUUUGUUAAAAUUACUUAUUUUAUGAAUUUGUAAUUUUUUUCAUUUCUAUUGUCAUGCGCAACCAUAACAAAGACCUUGAUAACAUUUAUAUAGUAUUUCUAUAACAUCAAAGAACAAAUGCGUUUGUAUCAAACUUACGAUUGUUAUGUAAUUAGUAAAACCAUGUCGCUAUUGGAGUUGUAGCCGAGUCACACUCAGUACUUAGUAUUCGUAGAGCCGUUUUUAUGUGACUGUUUCAAGACUGAAUGCAAUUCAAUCAAGUCCGAACACUGACAAGAAAGAAUGUGAACGCAAGCGAAUUACUAUUAUAUCUUCAGUUAAAAAAUACGUGGUAGCUAUAUAGUGGCGGAAAGUGCGCGAAUACCACAGGUGUUAAACGCAGAAAGCCCGUCACUGCCACGGGUUAGGGUGCACGGCCAUUGCUAUGUAUGAUGGGAAUGCUAUCAGCAUCGUGCCCAUGAUCACGCGUGAAGCACGAAAGAAACGUGCGUUGGAUCUUGCCUUGCUAUUAAA